AUGAAAAGAAAUAAAAAAUUAAAUCAAUUAGAAAAUGAAGAUAUCAAAGAUAAUACUUUCACCCAGUUUUCCGAAGAAAAAAGGUUAACGAAUAAAGAAAAAAAAAAAUUACAAUACGAAGAGAGAAUUAGGAAAAAAAAAGAAAAACAACUAAAAAAAGUAAAAAAAUUACUUAAGAAAAACAAUCUAGGAUCUUUAAAGGAUAUAAAUAGAAAUUUAAUUAAUAACGUAUUAUUAAAUGAGGAAGACGAAACAAAAGUCAUAUUAAAAAAUGAUGAAAAUAAGUUUGUUAAUGAAAAAAAUAAAAUUAAAAAGCAGACAGAAGAAUUACGUGAUAAUAUUAAAUCUUCUAACGAAAAUGAAAAUGAAGUAAAAAGCGAUAGAAGGACGGAAACAAAAAAAGGUUCUAAAAAUAUAUGUUCUAUAGAAAAUUUACCUAAUAAGAAAUUAAUAAAAAAAUUAAAAAAUAAAUUAAAACAAGAUAAAGAACUAGAAAAAAAAAAAUUGUUUAAAAAAAUAGAACAUUAUAAAUUAAGUACAAAUGAACGUAAUUUAAUGGUUCAUUUUAACAUAAAAGCUCAAAAUAAAGAAAAUUUAGAGAAACUCUUUAAAACAUAUGAAGAAAGGAAUAUAGAAUUAUCACAUAAUAUGAAAAUAUUAAAAUGCAAAUUAGAGAAAAAAAAGAAAAGAUUUUUAGAAAAUAAAAAAGAUGAAGGAGAAAAAUUAACUAAGGAAAAAAAAAAAAAAAUGAAAGUAAGUAAAACAUAUAAUGAUCACAAUAAAGAUGGUGAGUGUUAUAAUAAAGAUAAUAUUCUAAAUUGUAAUGAAGAUAGCAUUAUAAAUUAUAAUGAAAAUGAAAAUAUACUUGACGACCAAAUUAUUAAAGAAAAUAAGAGUGUAAGUAAUAUAAAAGGAAAUGAAAUCAGUGAAAAAAGUAAAAAAGAAGAAAUAAAAAUGAACGAUGAAAAAAGAAAAAUAAUUUAUAACAGGGUGAAUAUAAAUAGAAAAGAAGAAAUAGAAAAAUUAAGAUUAUCUUUACCAGUUUUAAGUUAUGAGCAAGAAAUUAUUGAAGCUAUUUUAAAUUAUGAUGUUGUUUUUAUAAGUGGAGAUACUGGUUGCGGUAAAUCAACUCAAAUUCCUCAAUUUUUAUAUGAACACGGAUUUUCUUCAAGUAACUAUUUGAUAGGAAUUACGGAACCAAGAAAAAUUGCAGUUAAAAGUUUAUCCCAUAGAUUAAAUGAAGAGUUAAAUGAAAAUGUAGUUGGAUAUCAAAUUAGAUAUGAAAAAUCCAAUUUAUUAAAAAAUAGUAAAAUUAAAGUUAUGACUGAAGGAAUUUUAUUAAAAGAAAUAAUGAAUGAUUUUAUUUUAUCUAAAUAUAGUUCUAUAAUUUUAGAUGAAGCACACGAAAGAAGUAUAAACAUGGAUUUAAUUUUGGGUUUAUUGUCUAUAAUUUGCAAAAUUAGAAAAAAUAAUUAUUUUAACAAUUUAUCAGAUGUUAUCCCAAUUAAAGUUAUUAUAAUGUCUGCAACCAUUGAUGAUAAAACUUUUUUCGAAAAUCAAAUUUUUGAAAAUUAUACAUCAAUUAAUAUUCCUACACAAAAAGUUCCAGUUGUUGAUCAUUUUCUUUCUUAUACACCUAAAGAUUAUAUUGAAGAAGCUAGAAAAAAGAUAAUCCAAAUACAUAAAAAAUUACCUCCUGGUAGUAUAUUAGUUUUCUUAACUGGUCAGGAUGAAAUAUAUCAUUUAUAUAAUUCACUAAAGAAUUUAAAUUUAUGCAAAAAAUCUGAAAAUGCUCAUUCGCAAAAAUUUAAUGAAGAAAAAAAAAAUAUUGAAGAUGAAAAUUUGUAUUCAUUUGAUUUAAGUGAAGAAGAAAAAAAUAUGAAUGAUAAAACAAGUUUUUUUUUUAGGAAUACAGAUGAAGAUAAAGAAAAAAAAGUAAUAUUUGAUGUUUCUGAUGAUGAAAGUGUUUUCAAUAACAAUUUAUUAAAUUUAAUUCAAUCAAAUGAAAACGAUAACUUAAAAAUCUUAGAAAAAAAUCUAUUAAAUUUUAGUUCGGACAUAUUAGAAAACUGCAAAAAAAAUUAUACAAAUGAAGAUAUAAAAGAAAAAAAAACAAUUAAUCAAAAAAACGAUUAUAUUACUGAGCAUUCUGACAAAGAAGAGGAAAAUAAUUUAGGAAAAAUAAAGAAUGAAAAUGAUUUACAUAAAUCCAAAUUAACUGAAACUAAAGAAACAUUUAAUGAAGUAAAAGAACUACAAAAUAGUGAAAAUGAAGAGAAAAAAAAUAUUAAAAAAGAAGAGAAAAUUGAAGAUAAAGAAAAUAAGGAGGAGAAAAAUGAAAAUGGAGAAAGUGAUAAAGAGUUAAAUAAAGAUAGUGAAAGUGAAGAAGAGACGAAAAAAUAUAAUGAAAGUGAUAAAGAGUUAAAUAAAGAUAGUGGAAGUGAAGAAGAUAUAAGUGAACACCAAAAAGGGAAAAAAAAAAUAGACGAAAACGUAAAAAAAAAUUCAAGUAUUUGGAAAGGUAGUGAUGGAUCAGGUGUACUAAAAAUUUAUAAACUGUAUGCUAAUCUACCUAUGAAUGAGCAAAUGGUUUUAUUUAAUAACCCUAAAGAUGAUGAGAGAAUAUGUAUUUUAAGUACAAAUAUAGCAGAAACAUCAAUUACCUUACCAAAUAUUCGUUAUGUUGUUGAUUGUGGAAAAGAAAAAAAAAAAUUAUACUCUACAUUAAAUGAUUACUCAUAUUAUGUUAUUGAUAAUAUUAGUAAAAGUUCAUCACUUCAGAGGAAAGGUAGAGCAGGUAGAAUUUUAUAUUUAUUAAAAAAAAAUAAAAAAAAUAAAAAAAAAAUAGAAAUGGAAAAAGGGCAUGUGUAUAAAUUAUAUUCCUCUAAUUAUUAUAAUUAUUUUUUCAAAAACAAUAAUGAUUUCCCAAUUUUAAAUUAUCCUCUUGAUUCCUUAAUUUUAUACUUGCUAAGUUUUAAUAUAAAAAAUGUAGAAAAUUUUCCUUUUAUUAAUAAACCUGAUAAAUACAAAUUUGAAGAAGCUAAAAAAAGAUUAAUAUAUCUUAAUUGCAUAUAUUUUGGAUACAAAGAUAUUGAAUUUCUUUUUAAAAAUGUAGAUAAUAAAAUGUGCUCAAAAAAAAAUAUUAAAAAUCAUGUAGAAAUAUUUAACCCUUGUAACAAAAGCGGAAUAACACUCAUAGGAAAUCUUAUCUUAUUCUUACCAAUUAGUACAAGAUAUGCUAAGAUUUUAUCGGAAGUUUGUUUAAAAUCUUUAGCAAUAAACCACAAGAGGUCAAUUCCAUUAGCAUGUCUUUUAGUUUCUUGUUUAUAUAUGGAAUCUAUUUUUUCAUAUGAUUAUAAACUUAAUAUGAAGUACAAAAAAAAAGAAAAAAAAAAAAAAAACAAUAAUAAUUUAGUAAAUUUAAUUUUAAAGAAAGAUAAUGACAAAAAAAUGGAAAAUACUGAUAUAACCGAUUCAUGUAAUGAAAGUUCCUGUGAAGAGGACAGUUCGUCACUUAAAGAUUAUGAUGAUCAUUCAAAUAAUAAUGUACUUGAGAAUUUUAAAUUAAAAUUUGAUAACGACAUUGAUUUUUAUUUAAAUAUAUGCACAGAUUUUUAUUUUUCAAAAGAAAAACAAAAUUUUUGCGAUUUAAUGAAGUUAGAUAAAAAAAAAAUGGGUGAGUUACUUAAAUUGUCACAUUAUUUAAUGAAAAUAAUUAAUUUGAAGUUUAAUACGAGUAUUAAUUUUGAUAUAUUAGAAAAAAAUAUUUCACCAUUAUCGAAACAAAUAAUUCAUUAUGCGAUUAUUCAAGGGUUCAUUGACCACUUAGCAAUCCGUUAUGAUUUAAUACAUAACGAUUAUUCUAGAAAUUCAUAUUUAAGUUUUAAUAACAAAAAAGCAUAUUUUACCCAAAAUAUUAACAAUCAGGUAUAUAUCAAUUCAAAUUCCGUUCUAUAUAAAAACAGACCUUAUCCAAAGUAUAUUUUAUAUAAUUACAUUAUGAAGAAUAAAAAUACUUAUACCAUGUUUGACUGUUUAAGUAUAAAUGAUUCAGAUUUAGGAAAGAUAACAAAUGUUUGUAUUUUUAUUAAUGAAUACGAAAAACUUCCUCCAGCUAAAUACAAUAAAGAGAGAGAUAAAAUUAGUGUUUAUAUAAAGCCUUUAUAUUUGCCUUGUUCUCAUUAUUUGUCUAUUACAGAAAAAGAAUUAAAUGAAAAUGAUUUUUUAUAUUAUAACUACUUUGCUUUAUUUAUAUUAGAUGGAUCUAUAUUUCCAAAAAUAUUAAAAUUUCAAAUUUAUUACUCUCAUUCAUCUAAUGAUAUUAUUAAUUGCGAGAAACAAAACAUUAAAGAAUUUAUAGAUAAUUUAAAAAAUAAUAAUAUAAUCAAUAGAUCUACACUAAUAAAUAAGUGGAAAAUACAAAAGAAUUUUUUAAAACAAGAAUUUAUUUCUUUAAUUGAAAAAAAAUGUAAUAAAUAUCAUUAUCUUAUUGAUAAUUUUUGGCCUCCUUUGGAUUAA